GACUUGUCCUUCAGUGGCGAUCAGCCGUUAAGAGAUCAAAGUUUUUUUGCGAAAACUUGAGUUUCUUGUGCUUUUUGCGAUUGCCCAAACACAGCCAUUAUUUCAUAUUGGCAUGUCAAUUUCAAAAUGAAACGCACACGACAAGUCGCGGAAAGCUAUAGCGACGAUAGUUCUUCCGAUUCAGAUACUUUGGAACUGCGCCAGGCUCUACCUGUUUCAGAGGGAGAUCUUGGUGACUUGAGCCUUCCUCCUUCUACUCCUGAGCAGUAUUUACGGAGAGUUCGGCAAGAGGCUCGGUCUCUGCCUGAUGUGGUGUAUUGGCAAGAGUGGUGCAAGCAGAACGUUGAUUCAACUGUAGUGGCAUCUCAAAGUCCAAGGGAAAAAACAAACUGCUUUCCUCAAGAGUUCGAAUUUCUCAAUAAUAAGGAUUACUUGGCUCAUUUCAAGCAAGUUCGGGACAGUAUUGCUAUGAUAGAGAGCGAUUCGAAUAUGGUCGAAUUACCGGAAGCCAGUGAUGUGAAAGCUUGGGAAUCACUUUGUUGGUCAUAUGAUGGAAACAGACCGGAGCUAUAUUCUAUUGAUAGACUACCUUUGAAUGAAUUGAGUUGUCUGGAUCAUCUGCGUUGUAUUUCCCUAGUUCGUUUGUUUGAAAGUUGGUUUCGUAAAGAUUCUUUUAAGAGUUCAGAGUCGUUCAAGGUGGAAGAAGAACUUUCGAGACUCGCUUGGCUAUUUGGUAUUCUUGCAGCGAUAGGACCGCCAUUAGAUGGAGAUACUGAAGCAUCUAUUCGUUCCAUUCUAAGGCAUCUUAUCGUGAGAAAGCGGGGAUAUGAAAGUAUGGAACAAACUGACAGUAACUUGAUCAACAUAGUGCGUACGUUGAUUUCUGUUGUUUGUAACGAGUUUCAUCAAGGGUAUGGAAUAAUAGAAUAGCUUCAGGAAACCUUUUUAUAGGUUGGCA